AUGAUUAAGAAAAUGUCACCUUCGGAAAAUGAGUUUGACAUACCAGCCAAAAACUGUUACAGGAUGGUGAUUCUUGGAUCCACCAAAGUUGGCAAAACAGCUAUCGUAUCACGCUUUCUGAACGGAAGGUUCGACGAACAGUACACCCCGACAAUAGAGGACUUCCACAGGAAAUUCUAUAGUAUCAGGGGAGAUGUUUACCAGUUGGACAUUCUGGAUACUUCAGGGAAUCAUCCGUUCCCAGCCAUGAGGCGACUGUCCAUACUUACAGGUGACGUUUUUAUCCUCGUCUUCAGCUUGGACAACAGGGAGUCUUUUCAAGAAGUUCAGCGCUUGAAGCGACAAAUCUACGAGACCAAGUCUUGUUUGAAAAAUAAGACCAAAGAGAACGUGGACGUGCCACUUGUCAUCUGCGGUAACAAGGGUGACCGAGAGUUCUAUCGGGAGGUUCAGCGGGAAGAGAUUGAACAACUGGUUGCCGGGGAUGAGCAGUGCGCGUAUUUUGAGAUCUCGGCGAAAAGGAACACUAACGUGGAUCAGAUGUUUCAGAGACUGUUUACCAUGGCUAAGCUGCCAAAUGAGAUGAGUCCAGACCUGCAUCGUAAAGUGUCAGUCCAGUAUUGUGACAUGUUGCACAGAAAGUCCCUGAAAAACAAGAAGCUCAAGGACAGCGACGCAUAUGGCAUCGUAGCACCCUUUGCGCGGCGCCCCAGCGUGCACAGUGACUUGAUGUACAUUAAAGAGAAGGCAGUGGGCGGCAGUCAGACGAAAGAUAAAGAGAGAUGUGUUAUUAGCUAG